UGGUGCCUUUUCUCUCCAAGGGAAGAAGCGAUGCUGUCUACCUACUUUGAAACCAUCAAUGAUUUGCUCUCCUCCUUUGGGCCAGUCCGAGACUGUUCCCGCAACAACGGCGGCUGCACYCGCAAUUUCAAGUGCGUUUCGGAUCGCCAAGUGGACUCCACGGGCUGCGUGUGCCCCGAGGACCUGAGACCCAUGAAGGAUGGCACUGGAUGCUAUGACUACUCCAAAGGCAUUGACUGCUCUGAUGGCUUCAACGGYGGCUGCGAGCAGCUCUGCCUACAGCAGACUCUUCCUCUGCCGCAUGAUCCCUCAUCCAGCACCAUCUUCAUGUUCUGCGGGUGUGUCGAGGAGUACAAACUGGCCCCGGAUGGCAAAUCCUGCCUCAUGUUGUCUGACAUCUGUGAGGGCCCCAAAUGCCUGAAGUCAGAUGCUAAAUUCAAUGAUACCCUCUUUGGGGAGAUGCUCCACGGCUAUAACAACAGGACCCAGCAUGUCAACCAAGGCCAAGUGUUCCAGAUGACUUUCAGGGAGAAUAACUUCAUCAAGGACUUCCCGCAGCUGGCCGAYGGCCUCCUCGUGAUCCCCUUGCCCGUGGAGGAGCAGUGCCGCGGCGUCCUCUCGGAGCCCCUGCCCGACCUCCAGCUUCUCACUGGAGACAUCAAGUAUGAUGAGGCAAUGGGCUACCCCAUGGUGCAGCACUGGAGGGUCCGGAGCAACCUGUACAGAGUGAAGCUCAGCUCUAUCACCCUCUCUGCAGGGUUUGCAAAUAUCCUCAAGAUCCUGAGCAAGGACAGCAGCCGGGAGGAGCUGCUCUCCUUCAUCCAGCAGUUUGGCUCCCACUACAUCGCAGAGGCACUUUACGGCUCYGAGUUCAGCUGCACCAUCCACUUCCCCAGCAAGAAGGUCCAGCAGCAGCUCUGGCUCCAGUACCAGAAAGAAACAACUGAGCUUGGGAACAAGAAGGAAUUGAAAUCCAUGCCAUUCAUCACCUAUCUCUCGGGCCUGCUGACGGCACAGAUGCUAUCUGAUGACCACCUCAUCUCAGGUGUGGAGAUUCACUGCGAGGAGAAAGGACGCUGCCCAUCAACCUGCCAUUUGUGUCGGCGCCCAGGCAAGGAACAACUCAGUCCUACRCCAGUGCUGCUGGAGAUCAGCCGUGUAGUGCCACUGUAUGCUCUCAUCCAGGACAACGACACCAGAGAGGCUUUCAAGGGAGCCCUGAUGAGCUCAUACUGGUGCUCGGGGAAAGGUGAUGUUAUCGAAGACUGGUGCAGGUGUGACCUCAACGCCUUCGAUGAGAACGGACUCCCGAACUGCAGCCCUCUCCCUCAGCCUGUUUUGCGGCUCUCUCCUACUGUGGAGCCUUCCAGCACCGUGGUCUCUUUGGAGUGGCUUGAUGUUCAGCCCGCAAUUGGAACGAAGGUGUCUGACUAYGUCCUGCAGCAUAAGAAGGUGGAUGAGUACACAGACACAGACCUCUAUACAGGAGAAUCCUUGAGCUUUGCAGAUGAUUUGCUUUCUGGCCUUGCAACCUCCUGUGUGGCAGCGGGUAGGAGCCAUGGAGACGUCCCUGAAACCAGCCUCUAUUCAGUCAUUUUCAAGUGCCUGGAACCAGAUGGUCUGUACAAAUUUACCCUAUAUGCAGUGGAUACACGAGGGAGACACUCGGAGCUGAGCACGGUCACYUUGAGGACAGCCUGCCCACUGGUAGACGACAGCAAGGCAGAAGAGAUAGCGGACAAAAUUUACAACCUCUACAAUGGUUAUACCAGUGGGAAGGAGCAGCAGACAGCCUACAACACACUGAUGGAGGUCUCCGCUUCCAUGCUCUUCCGUGUCCAGCACCACUACAACUCCCAUUACGAAAAAUUUGGUGACUUYGUCUGGCGCAGUGAGGAUGAGCUGGGGCCCAGGAAAGCACACCUGAUCCUAAGGAGGCUGGAGAAGGUCAGCAGUCACUGCUCAACCCUGUUGCGCAGCGCCUACAUCCAAAGCCGCACGGAAACCAUGCCCUAUCUGUUCUGCCGCAGCGAAGAAGUCCGGCCGCCYGGCAUGGUCUGGUACAGCAUCCUGAAAGACACCAAAGUAACGUGYGAGGAGAAGAUGGUCUCCAUGCUGCGCAACACGUAUGGAGAGUCCAAGGGGCGGUGAGGGACCGUGAGGGCCUGGAGCUGCGGGAGGCGCCGGCACUCCGAGGAGUCCAGGACUUGGGAAAUGCUGAGUGUCUGCUGGGGCUGGGGGAAGGGAUCGGAGGGGGUGGAAGGGGACAGCAAGGCAAGCAGGACUUUCCCUCACAGACAGCAGAGAAACAAGAAAUCAGCAAGUUGGACUUUUAAUUUCCUUUCCUUUUUCUUUUUUUUUUUAAAUUUUUCAAGAG